AUGGGGAAGUCCCUCAUGGACGGCAAAUCUAAGGUCCAACGCCCAUCCAAGUCGGAGAGUUUUGACAGCUUUCGAGGUCCCCUCCUUACCGCCAAAAUGCAGCACCAGCACCAGCAGCUUCCCCAACACGCACCACCCCGAAAUCCCCACCCCCAGCAGCCAAGAAGACCGCAACAAAAGCAGCAGCAGCAACCACGUCCUCGGCCGAUGGACACCACCGUUCUCCCUCAACAACGGACACCGGCGGCAGCAUCAUCGGUGACGGGACCUAGAGAUUACCAGCCACCCACAGCGGAAGGUAGCCAUGAGAGUGACAACAAAAUCGAGCAAACUAAUCGCGCCAUUGUUCCCUCAGCCCCACCCCGUUUAAACACUCACGAUGGCGCAGAACAGCUAGAGUUGACUUCCUACAGCAGGCCGCCUCCCAAUGCCCAGCCGCCGUUAGACGUGCUUGCUGACCUCUCCACAGUUGUGCCCGGCAAGGGUGAUGACGAUGGGGACGACUGUGCAAAGGAGAAGGAGGCACUGCUUAAGCACGCAACAGACUCGUCCGAUGGCUCCCACACCCCCCGCCGCGGCAGAAUGAACAGUUUUCAGAACGAUUCUGAGGGCUUUAUGGAGGAGUUGGAGAUCUCACAGUCAACUGAUUGGAUGACCUCAAUCCUCACUGUCCUGAGCUAUGUCAUUGUAGUACUUACCUUCCCCUUUUCCAUGUUCUUCUGCCUCAAAACUGUGGCUGAAUAUGAGAGAGCAGUAGUCCUGCGAAUGGGUCGCCUGCUUCCUGAUGGCCACGGUACCAAGGGUCCUGGACUCUUCUUUAUUCUCCCCUGCAUCGAUAGCAUUCGCAAAGUGGAACUACGAACAGUAACCUUUAGCAUCCCGCCACAGGAGGUAUUAACUAGAGACUCGGUUACCGUGGCGGUUGAUGCUGUUGUCUACUAUCGCAUAUGCAAUCCCGCAGUCUCCUUCCUCAACGUAGAGGACGCGGCUAGGUCGACACGUCUGCUGGCCCAAACAACACUCAGGAAUGUGUUGGGCACAAAGGACUUAGCUCAGAUUCUGAUGGAUAGGGAGGAGAUGUCGGUUGAACGCGUCGAAAUUAAAGAUGUGCGACUUCCAGUAGCACUUCAGCGUGCAAUGGCAGCGGAAGCAGAGGCAACCCGGGAAGCCAGAGCAAGGGUGAUUGCUGCCACCGGGGAGCACAAGGCUUCUAGCGCUCUGAAAGAGGCCGCCAAAGUGAUUGCCUCCUCCCCAAUAGCCCUCCAGCUUCGCUACCUUCAGACAAUGUGUGCCAUCUCCGCCGAAAAGAACUCCACCAUAAUCUUUCCCCUGCCCAUUGAUAUCCUUCAGACUGGAUACGCGAGCGGCACUCUGCUCGAAAACCCUAAGCACGCGCCGAACGAUAUGAAGCAUGCCAUUGUGAAGGGCUGGCUGCCCAGCAUCCCCGACUACUCCCCGAGAGACAAGAGCCCCUCA